AUGCGGGGCGAGACGCUACGGGAGAGCAUCAAGCGUCACGAGCACUUCCUGGCUCUCCGGCUAGGACUGGGCCCUGGCAUGAAGUGUCGUGCCUCAGUCAUUCCUCCUCUCCACACCUCGCCUCACUCCUUCCUCCUCUUUGCACCUCGGUUCUUUGCUCCUCCUCGCCCUCAGGUGCUGGAUGUGGGGUGCGGCAUCGGUGGGCCGUUGAGAGAAAUCGCACUAUUCAGCGGAGCCACGGUAACGGGGCUCAACAACAACGAGUACCAGAUCUCCCGCGGCAAGGUGCUGAACAGGCGGCACCGAGCACUGGAGGCGUGCGGGUUCAUAAAGGCGGACUUCAUGAGCAUCCCCGUGCCUGACGCUUCCUUCGACGCCGUCUAUGCCAUCGAAGCCACUUGCCACGCCCCCGACGCCGUGGGGUGCUACAGCGAGGUGAAGCGAGUGCUGAAGCCAGGGCAGUGCUUUGCGGCCUACGAGUGGUGCCUCACAGAUGCCUACGACCCCAACAACCCCCAGCACCAGGAGGUCAAGAGGGAGGUGGAGCUGGGCAACGGGCUGCCAGACAUCCGCACCACGGCGCAGGUCCGCCAGGCGCUGCUGGACGCGGGCUUUGAGUUGCUGGAAUCAGCGUAUCUGACGGAGACAGCGGAGGUGGCGUGGCACGCUCUCCUUGCCUCUUGCCCCAUCACUUCUUCUCCUACACUCUCCUCCCUUCCCCUCACAGCUGCUGGAGGCAGCAGACCUGACGGAGACAGCGGAGGUGGCGUGGCACAAGCCGCUGGACCCCAGCUAUUUCUCGCUCUCGCAGUUCAAGCUCACCCGCCUCGGCCGCUUCCUCACCACCACCCUCGUGCGCUCUCCUUGCCCAUGCGUGCAUUAAGAAUCUGUCCUUUCGCCUCUUCUCUACCUUGCCUUCCUCAUGCAUCACCUUCCACUUCCUCACACCAUCUUCUUGCUAUGCCUCUUGCGGUGCAAGUGCUGGAGAGGCUGCAGAUUGCGCCAGCUGGCAGCUACCGUGUGCAGAAGUUUCUGGAGAGAGGGGCCGAUGCCCUCGUGGAGGGCGGCAAGUGA